GAAGAGGAAUAGCCGAACAUAUGAUGAGAUUCACUUUGUUGCAUUACCACUAAAGAUAAUUCGAUUGUUUUUAGAUUAGGGGUUGAUGGGUAGCCUAUUGCACUGAUGUGAUAUGCUCUGGAUACCGCCAAAAAAGUCAUCGGUCCCAAUCUAAGGAAUAACGAAAGGUUCUAUCUGUUUGGCUGUUUGGCGUAUCCAGAAUUGGGGUUGGUUCUUCUCGGUUGUCCAGCUCAGCCUAUAUAAUUGAUGAAAAGGGAGACUGGCUUCUGUAAAUGUCCUAUAACGUUUUUGGAAUACGCUCUGAGCCCUUGCAAUAUCCUUUGAUAUUUUGUAAGAAGUCUAAAGUGGGGCCAUAAAGUUAUUGGAUGCUCUGUCCAACGCGGGGCGGGUCGCUGUCCGUCGCGCUAGUGGUGCUGAAGUCUGGAUAAUGCCUGGCCAGCGACUGCAAGGCUGCCGCUCCCUCCACAUAAACGAAGACAACGGCCGCUUCUUGCUGCUCGCCGUCUUGAUUAUUCUGUAUCUGCUGUCCGGUGCCGCAGUGUUUUCCGCUAUAGAGCGGCCUUCGGAGGUGCAGGCGCAUGACAGAUGGAACAGGACACUUUUCAACUUCAGCGAGACGUUCAACAUCAGCUUGGAGGAUCUGAACUCUUUUCUACGGGAGUACGAGACAGCUAUUGCCGCGGGGAUCCGAGCUGACGCUCUCAGGCCGCGAUGGGAUUUUACAGGGGCUUUUUACUUUGUUGGGACUGUGGUGUCAACUAUUGGUUUUGGGAUGUCCACCCCGGUGACGGUGGCAGGGAAGGUGUUCCUGAUCUUCUAUGGUCUCCUUGGUUGCGCCGCCACCAUCUUGUUCUUUAACCUCUUCCUGGAACGUAUUAUCACCCUCCUGGCCGUGGUAAUGAAGGCCGUGAGGGAACGGCGCAUCCGGAACUCCGGCCUCCUCCCGCCGGGUAUCCGCCAUGAUUUCUCGGCGUGUUCGUUCCCGGGGUGGAAGCCGUCGGUCUACCACGUCAUGUUGAUCCUGGGGCUGUCUGCCAUCAUCAUCUCCUGCUGCGCCUCAGCCAUGUACACCCCUGUGGAGGGAUGGGUCUACCUGGACUCACUCUACUUCUGUUUCGUCACAUUUAGCACCAUUGGCUUCGGGGACCUAGUAUCAAGCCAGAGAGCGGACUAUGAGUACCAGCCGCUGUACCGUCUGGCUAACUGCCUGUUCAUCCUCAUGGGCGUGUGCUGCAUCUACUCUCUGUUCAACGUCAUCUCCAUCGUCAUCAAACAGGUGCUCAACUGGAUGCUUCAGAACCUGUGCUGCCAGCGGUGCAACAUCAGGUCAAACUCUUUCCCGUUGGGACGCCGCAACGCCAUCCGGCCCGGGUCGAGAAUCCGUAAGGGCCGCUUCGGAAUCAGACGCCCGCCCGACUCUGGGGAUUCGGGGCCCUGCGACAGCGACGCGGAGGGGGGAGGACGCAGACUCUCUGGAGAGAUGAUUUCAAUGAAAGACCUGACAGCCUCGAAUAAGGUCUCACUGGCACUCAUGCAGAAGCAGUUAUCAGAGUCUGCUAACGGUUAUCCCAGGACGGUGUGUGGAGGCUCGAGACAUAACGGGUUCUCUGGAGGAGUAGGCGCUCUGGGGAUCAUGAACAACAGACUGGCAGAGACCAGCAACUCCAGGUAGACCUGUGUAGUGUUUCUCAACUUCUGGUCCAUGGACAGGCGCUGGUCCGUGAGAUGUGAAAUUUUGGUCGGUGAGAUGAUUGACUGACUUAAUGUUUGCAGUCCCCCACGGAGUAAAGACCAUAACUUUUCAGUCUCUGACACAAGAGAGACCAUAACCUGCUGGUCUCUAAGAUAAUAAAAAGGUUGGUAUGAAAGGUUGAGAAACACUGGAGUAGACCCCUGCAGGGUGGUAGAGAAUGCGCUUAAGGAGACUGAGACUGAUGGGGAGAGAAACUGAGAGGAGUUUUAUGGUCUUAUGUGAUUAACUUUAUUUGCUAUCACUCUUGUCAUACUUGAUUAUGUCUUGUUGUUCAAUGGAAGAGCAUAAUGAUAUGCAUGAAACUGUUAGACAUUUUUGGGGAUGGAAUCAACAUCCUGUGAUGAUGAUGAUGAUGAUGAUGAUGAUGAUGAUGAUGAUGAUGAUGAUGAUGAUGAUGAUGAUGAUGAUGAUGAUGAUGGGACAGUUGGAAUGAUACUAUGGGAAGGAAAGGAACCUUCUUGUAACUGUGCUUUUGAAGGUCAAAACACUUGAGACAACCAUGGAAGGAAUUAGUAUAACAUGAGGCCAUAAGCCGACAUAUUGCUCUCUCUGACUCUAAGCCAGAAAGAACAUUUUCACUGAUAAACCAUUGGCAAUCUUCAAAAUAUUUAGUUAGCCAUACCUGAGUAAAUCUCUGAGGCUGUGAGUAUCAAACGUCUCAGAGGAAUUAGUUUAGCCUUUUAGAUCAAAUUGAAUACAAUGAACAGGAGGGACCUGAUUCUAGAUCAGCACUCCUUCUCCAAGAUGCUUGAUACAUACUGCCCCAGAUCAGUUUGACUUCUACAGCAUACUGUACUGGAAGAGGCAACUCUGUGCGAUCAUGAUGACAUUAUCAUCAUGAUCGCUUUGGAGCUAUUUCACUAAGUAUGUCAUUUAUAAGUAGGUUUGAAUGUAUAGGUUGAGUUGGUACUGUACCUAUCAUUCAACACAAAGAUAACUACAGUAUGAUAUAGCACAUAUAUAGCUAUGCCAUCCAUGUCUCAUUGUGAAGAACAAUAGGAACUCAUCAACAUAUCAGAUCCAUUUACAGACCAGGCCUGAAGUAUGGAAGCUGAACCAUAGAGAGAGCAUAACGUGACCUUAGUGAUAGCAAAGCUAGUCUCUACCAUAGAAAUAGAAUGACUAGAAUGAACAUUCAAGCCAUUCAUGUCAAUGCUCUGUGAUGUAUGGACCGGCACCCAUAUUGAUUGUGCCUAUGCGAGGAAGCACAAGUAACAAGUCAUAAUAUUACAAUGGUCUCCACCAAUCAUCUUGUACUAGUCUAAUCUUAAACUCAGGUGACUGAUUAUUGUGGGGGAAGAGGAGACCGGUUCAGCACGUCCCAAAUCGCUUGUAAGGUGGAAGCAAUAUGGUGGAAGCUCCAACACUAUACUACUUAUACCUGCCCAGACCCUUCGGAUAGAUCUGCAAAUGUUGAGGGGUUAGGGACAAGGGGGAAGGGGGCUGGCUGGUGUUGGCUGGUGUUGUAUCGGGUUGAUACUACUGCUGUAGUGUGUGAUGUAGCCUGCAACUCCAGCUCAGUUAUGUCAGUCAGUCAGUUCUGUGAGCUCCUAGUUAGAGAUUCAGCACUGAGCCUGACUGUAGGGCUUCAAACAGUCAUUUCCUAUUUCUCAAGAUGGACGACUGCAGAGAAGAGA